CCCGGCCGACCCGCCCGCUUGCCCUGUGCCUGCCUCCUAGAGCUCGUUCCCCACACUGGUUUCCCUGACUGUCCUGGACGGCGUGUGCCGUCACCAGCCAUGGCAGGGCCCCGGGGCCGCCUCCUGCUCUGCCUCCUGGCCUUCUGCCUAGCAGGCUCCAGCUUCACCAGGGGGCAGAAGGUGCGGUCCAGACGCUGUGAUGUGAAGACCAAGUUUGUCACUCGCAUCCCCUGCACCAUGUGUCCCGCUAUCAAGAGGCGGAUGUGUCCCCCAGGCUGGCUUCGGGAGUUACCAGAGAAGAUAUCCCAGGACUGCCGCUACGAGGUGCAGCUGGGGGACUCUUUGAUGUCCAUGAGUGGCUGCAGCCUGGAGUGCUGGAAGGAUGUGGUAGAGAAGGCCUGCUGCCCCGGCUACUGGGGGUCCCAGUGCUAUGAGUGCCCUGGGGGUGCUGAGACCCCGUGUAAUGGCCAUGGGACCUGCCUGGAUGGCAUCAACGGGAACGGGACCUGCGUGUGUCAGGAAAACUUUGGUGGCUCCGCCUGCCAGGAGUGCCACGACCCCAACCGGUUCGGGCCCAACUGCCAGUCAGUGUGCAGCUGUGUGCACGGCGUGUGUAGCCAUGGGCCACUGGGGGAUGGAAGCUGCCUGUGCUUUGCUGGAUACACUGGACCCCGCUGUGACCAAGAGCUGCCAGUCUGCCGGGCCCUGAACUGUCCCCAGAACUCCCAGUGCUCUGCGGAGGCCCCUGCCUGCAGCUGCCUGCCUGGCCACACCCAGCAGGGCAGAGAAUGCCGAGCCCCUAACCCCUGCCAGUCAUCACCCUGCUCCCCACUGGCCCAGUGCUCGGUGAGCCCCACAGGGCAGGCACAGUGCCGCUGCCCCAAGGACUACCAUGGUGAUGGGACGGUGUGUCUGCCCCAGGAUCCAUGCACCAUCAACUACGGUGGCUGCCCCAGCAACUCCACCUUGUGUCUGUACAAGAGACCGGGCAAGGCCUCCUGCUUGUGUAAGCCAGGCUUGGUCAGCGUCAACAACAAUGCCUCUGCGGGCUGCUUCGCCUACUGCUUCCCUCAAUCCUGUGACCGGUCGGCCACCUGCCAGGUGGCCCCCGAUGGGAAGAUCAGCUGUGUGUGCAAGGAGGGCGAGAUAGGGGACGGGCGAGCCUGCUACGGACACCUGCUGCACGAGAUACAGAAGGCCGGCCAGCUGGGUGUGGUGUUCCUGCGGCUGAGAGUCUCCCUGGCCAUGCUGGACCAGGGCUGCCGCCAGAUCCUCACCACGUCGGGCCCAUUCACGGUGCUGGUACCUUCGCUCUCGUCCGUCUCCUCCAGGACCAUGAACGCGUCCCUCGCCCGGCAGCUCUGCAAACAGCACAUCAUUGCAGGGCAGCACAUGCUGGAGGAGCCAGGGACCCAGCAGACACGCAGGUGGUGGACGCUGGCGGGGCAGGAGAUCACCGUCACUUUCAACCGUUUCACGAAAUACACCUACAAGUACAAAGAGCACCCCCAGCAGACGUUUGCCAUCCACAAGACCAAUUACCCGGCGGCCAACGGCGUCUUCCACUUGGUCACCACCCUGCAGUGGCAGCCCCCACCAGAGCUCCCCGAGGACCCCAAGAGAACCAUCGGCCAGAUCCUUGCUUCUACUGAGGCCUUCAGCCGCUUCGAAACCAUCCUGGAGAACUGUGGGCUGCCCUCCAUCCUGGAUGGGCCUGGACCCUUCACAGUCUUUGCCCCAAGCAACGAGGCUGUGGACAAGUUGCGGGAUGGCCGCCUGAUCUACCUCUUCACAGCGGGUCUGUCCAAACUGCAGGAGCUGGUGAAGUACCACAUCUACAGCCACGGCCAGCUGACCAUUGAGAAGCUCAUCUCCAAGGGCCGGGUCCUCACCAUGGCAAACCAGGUCCUGGUUGUGAAUAUCUCCGAGGAGGGGCGCAUUCUGCUGGGACCAGAGGGGCUCCCUCUACGGAGAGUGGAUGUGCUGGCCUCCAAUGGCGUGAUCCACAUGCUGGAGGGCGUCCUGCUGCCCCCGACCAUCCUGCCCAUCCUGCCUAAGCACUGCGGCGAGGAACAGCACCAGAUCGUGGCGGGCUCCUGUGUGGACUGCCAAGCCCUGAACACGAGCACGUGCCCCCCCAACAGUGUGAAGCUGGACAUCUUCCCCAAGGAGUGUGUCUACACCCAUGACCCUUCUGGGCUCAACGUCCUGAAGAAGGGCUGCGCUCACUACUGCAACCAGACCGUCCUGAAACCUGGCUGCUGCAAAGGGUUUUUUGGGCCUGACUGUGCCCAGUGUCCCGGGGGCUUCUCCAACCCUUGCUACGGCAAAGGCAACUGCAGCGAUGGGAUCCGGGGCAAUGGGGCCUGCCUCUGCUUCCCAAACUACAAGGGCAUCGCCUGCCACAUCUGCUCCAACCCAAACAAGCAUGGAGACCGGUGCCAGGAAGACUGCGGCUGUGUCCACGGUCUCUGUGACAACCGUCCAGGCAGCGGGGGUGUGUGCCAGCAGGGUACGUGUGCCCCAGGCUUCAGCGGCCGCUUCUGUAACGAGUCCGCGGGAAACUGUGGGCCCGCUGAGCAGGCCCAGCACUGCCACCCGCAGGCCCGCUGCAUCAGCCAGGGGGGCGUCACCAGGUGUGUCUGUCUCGAUGGCUUUGAGGGCGACGGCCUCUCCUGUGUGCCCGGAAACCCCUGCUCCCACCCAGACCGUGGUGGCUGCUCAGAAAAUGCCGAGUGUGUCCCUGGGGCCCGGGGUACCCACCACUGCACAUGCCACAAAGGCUGGAGCGGGGACGGCCGUGUCUGUGUGGCCAUCGACGAGUGCGAGCUGGAUGCGAGAGGCGGUUGUCAUGCCGACGCCCUCUGCAGCUAUGUGGGACCUGGGCAGAGCCGGUGCACCUGCAAGCUGGGGUUCGCCGGGGAUGGCUAUGAGUGCAGUCCUAUUGACCCCUGCCGGGCAGGCAACGGUGGCUGCCAUGACCUGGCCACCUGCCGGGCAGUGGGGGGAGGUCAGCGGGUCUGCACAUGCCCCUCUGGCUAUGGGGGUGAUGGCUUCAGCUGCUACGGAGACAUCUUCCGGGAGCUGGAGGCAAAUGCCCACUUCUCCGUCUUCUACCAGUGGAUCAAGAGUGCUGGCCUCACUCUUCCCACCGACAGCCGAGUCACUGCCCUGGUGCCCUCUGAGUCUGCCAUCCGUAGGCUGAGCCCCGAGGACCAGGCCUUCUGGCUACAGCCAAGGGCACUGCGGCAACUGGUCAGGGCCCAUUUUCUCCAGGGUGCCCUGUCCGAGGAGGAGCUGACCCGGCUGGGUGGGCAGGAUGUGGCCACCCUGAGCCCUACCACACGCUGGGAGAUUCACAACAUCAGUGGGAGGGUCCGGGUUCAGAACGCCAGCGUGGAUGUGGCCGAUCUCCUCGCCACCAAUGGUGUCCUACACGUCCUCAGCCAGGUCUUACUGCCUCCGAGGGGGGACGUGCUACCCGGGCAGGGCCUGCUGCAGCAGCUGGACCUGGUGCCUGCCUUCCGCCUCUUCCGGGAGCUGCUGCAGCACCACAAGCUGGUGCCCCAGAUUGAGGCUGCCACGGCCUACACCAUCUUCGUGCCCACAAACCGCUCUCUGGAGGCCCGGGGCAACAGCAGCAGGCUGGACGCAGACACCGUGCGGCACCACGUGAUCCUGGGGGAGGCACUCUCCGUGGAGGCCCUGCAGAGAGGGGGACACCGCAACUCGCUCCUGGGCCCCGCCCACUGGCUCGUCUUCUACAACCAUAGCGGCCAGCCCGAGGUGAACCAUGUGCUCCUGGAAGGCCCUGUGCUGGAGGCCCCUGGCUGCUCGCUGUUUGGCCUGUCGGGGGUCCUGACCGUGGGCUCAAGCCGCUGUCUGCACAGCCAUGCCGAGUCUCUUCGGGAGAAAUGUGUAAACUGCUCCCGAAGAUUCCGCUGCACUCAGGGCUUCCAGCUGGAGAUCACCCCCAAGAAGAGCUGUGUCUACCGAUCUGGCUCCUCCUUCUCCCGGGGCUGUUCUUACACAUGUGCCAAGAGGAUCCAGGUGCCCGACUGCUGCCCUGGCUUCUUUGGCACACUGUGCGAGCCGUGCCCGGGGGGUCAGGGCGGUGUGUGCUCGGGCCACGGGCAGUGCCAGGACAGGCUCCUGGGCAGUGGGGAGUGCCGCUGCCACGAGGGCUUCCACGGAACCGCCUGUGAGAUGUGUGAGCUGGGCCGCUAUGGGCCCAACUGUGCUGGAGUCUGUGACUGUGCCCAUGGGCUGUGCCAGGAGGGGCUUCAGGGGAACGGAAGCUGUGUCUGUAACGUGGGCUGGCAGGGCCCCCGCUGUGAUCAGAAGAUCAGUGGCCCUCAAUGCCCAAAGAAGUGUGACCCCAAUGCCAACUGCCUACAGGACUCGGCGGCGGCCCCGGCCUGUGUCUGUGCCGCAGGAUACUCGGGCAACGGCAGCUACUGUUCAGAGGUGGACCCCUGUGCGCAGGACCAUGGGGGCUGCUCCCCCCACGCCAACUGCACCAAGGUGGCGCCUGGGCAGCGGACGUGCACCUGCCAGGAUGGCUACACAGGAGAUGGGGAGCUGUGCCAGGAAGUCAACGGCUGUCUCAUCCGCCACGGGGGCUGUCACAUGCAUGCUGACUGUAUCCCCACAGGCCCCCAGCAGGUCUCCUGCAGCUGCCGUGAGGGUUACAGCGGGGAUGGCAUCCGGACCUGCGUCCUCCUGGACCCUUGCUCCCAGAAUAAUGGAGGCUGCAGCCCCUAUGCCGUGUGCAAAAGCAUGGGGGAUGGCCAGAGGACAUGCACCUGUGACGCAGCCCACACAGUGGGCGAUGGCUUCACCUGCCGCGCCCGAGUCGGCCUGGAGCUCCUUCGGGACAGGCAUGCCUCAUUCUUCAGCCUCCACCUCCUGGAAUACAAGGAGCUCAAGGGUGAUGGGCCUUUCACAGUUUUUGUGCCUCGAGCAGAUCUAAUGACCAACCUGUCGCAGGAUGAGCUGGCCCGGAUUCGCGCCCAUCGCCAGCUCGUGUUCCGCUACCACGUGGUCGGCUGCCGGCAGUUGAGCAGCCAGGAGCUGCUAGAGGAAGGCUAUGUCACCACGCUCUCGGGGAACCCGCUGCGCAUCCACGAGAGGGAGGGCAGCAUCUAUCUCAAUGACUUCGCGCGGGUGGUGAGCAGCGACCACGAGGCGGUGAACGGAGUCCUGCACUUCAUCGACCGAGUCCUGCUGCCUCCCGACGUGCUACACUGGGAGCCUGACGCUGCCCCUGUCCUGCGGAGAAACGUCACGGCCGCCGCGGAGGGCUUCGGUUACAAGAUCUUCAGCGGCCUUGUGAAGGUGGCUGGCCUCCUGCCCCUGCUUCAGGAUGCGUCGCAUAGGCCCCUCACCAUGCUGUGGCCCACAGACUCCGCCCUGCAAGCCCUGCCACCUGACCGCCAGACCUGGCUGUACCACGAAGACCACCGUGACAAGCUGGCAGCCAUCCUUCGGGGCCACGUGAUUCGCAACAUUGAGGCCUUGGCAUCUGACCUGCCCAACCUGGGCCCUCUCCGCACAAUGCAUGGGACCCCCAUCUCCUUCUCCUGCAGCCGUGCCCGGCCGGGUGAGCUCACAGUGGGUGAGGAGGACGCCCGCAUCGUGCAGCGGCACCUGCCCUUUGAGGGUGGCCUGGCCUAUGGCAUCGACCAGCUGCUGGAGCCACCUGGUCUUGGUGCCCGCUGUGACCAUUUUGAGACUCGGCCGCUGCGGCUGAAGAUCUGCAGCAUUUGCGGGCUGGAACCGCCUUGUCCUGAGGGCUCACAGGAGCAGGGCAGCCCCGAGGCCUGCUGGCGAUACUACUCAAAGUUCUGGACAUCCCCUCCACUGCAGUCCUUGGCCCUGCGCAGCAUUUGGGCCCGGUCCAGCCUCUGGGGCCAGCCCCAAGGCCUGGGCAGGGGCUGCCACCGCAACUGCGCCACCACCACCUGGAAACCCAGCUGCUGCCCGGGUCACUACGGCAGCGAGUGCCGAGCUUGCCCUGGCGGUGCCAGCAGCCCCUGCAGUGGCCACGGCGUGUGCGUGGACGGCAUGAGUGGCAGCGGGCAGUGUCAGUGCCACGCGAGGUUUACAGGGACGGCAUGUGAACUCUGUGCCCCGGGGGCCUUUGGACCCCAGUGCCAAGUCUGCCGCUGCAGCUCCCAUGGCCGCUGUGAUGAGGGCCUGGGGGGCUCCGGUUCCUGCUUCUGUGACGAGGGCUGGACGGGGCCGAGCUGUGAGGUGCAGCUGGAGCUGCAGCCCGCGUGUGCCCCGCCCUGCGCACCCCAGGCCGUGUGCCGCGCCGACAGCAGCUGUGAGUGCGGCCUGGGCUAUGAAGGGGACGGCCACACGUGCACAGUGGCAGACCUGUGCCGGGUCGGGCACGGCGGCUGCAGCGAGCACGCCAACUGCAGCCAAGUGGGCACCGUGGUCACCUGCGCCUGCCUGCCCGCCUAUGAGGGCGACGGCUGGAGCUGCCGGGCCCGCGACCCCUGUGCCGAUGGCCGCCGCGGGGGCUGCAGUGAGCACGCGGACUGCUUGAGCACCGGCCCGAACGCGCGGCGCUGUGUGUGCCAUGCUGGCUACGUGGGUGACGGACUGCAGUGUCUGGAGGAGCCGGAGCCGCCCGUGGACCGCUGCCUGGGCCAGCCACCGCCCUGUCAUGUGGAUGCCGUGUGCACGGACCUCCACUUCCAGGAGAAGCAGGCUGGGGUCUUCCACCUCCAGGCCCCCAGUGGUCCUUCCGGUCUGAACUUCUCAGAGGCCGAGGCGGCCUGUGGGGCCCAGGGAGCUGUUCUUGCUUCUCUCCCUCAGCUCUCUGCUGCCCAGAAGCUGGGCUUCCACCUGUGCCUCGUGGGCUGGCUGGCCAACGGCUCGGCUGCCCACCCAGUCGUCUUCCCCGCGGCAGACUGUGGCGGUGGUCAGGUAGGCGUCGUCAGCCUGGGCGCCCGGAAGAACCGCUCGGAGCGCUGGGACGCCUACUGCUACCGCGAGCUAGACGUGGCCUGCCGGUGCCGCCGCGGCUUUGUGGGUGACGGGACAAGCGUGUGCAAUGGGAAGCUGCUCGAUGUCCUGGCUGCCACCGCCAACUUCUCCACCUUCUAUGGGAUGCUGCUGGGCUAUGCCAACGCCACCCCACGGGGUCUGGACUUCCUGGACUUCCUGGAUGACGAGCUCACCUACAAGACACUCUUCGUUCCUGUCAACGAAGGCUUCCUGGACAACAUGACGCUGAGUGGCCCCGACCUGGAGCUGCACGCCUCCAACACCACCUUCCUGAGUGCCAAUGCCAGCCAGGACACUGUGCUCCCUGCCCACUCGGGCCUCAGCCUCGUCUUCAGUGCUGCGGGCCCUGACAACAGUUCCUGGGCCCCGGUGGCCCCAGGGGCAGUUGUGCUUAGCCAUGUCGUCGUGUGGGACAUCAUGGCAUUCAACGGCAUCAUCCACGCUCUGGCCAGGCCCCUCCUGGCCCCCCUACAGCCUCGGGCAGUGGUGGCACCCGAGGCUCCGCCUGUGGUGGCAGGCGUGGGGGCUGUGGUAGCCGCUGGAGCGCUGCUUGGUCUCGUGGCUGGAGCCUUCUACCUCCGUGCUCGAGGCAAGGCCACAGGCUUUGGCUUCUCCACCUUCCAGGCGGAAGAUGAUGCUGAGGAAGACUUCUCCCCCUGGCAGGAAGGGACCAGCCCAACCCUGGUGUCUGUCCCCAACCCAGUCUUUGGCAGCCAUGAUGCCUUUUGUGAGCCCUUUGACGACUCGCUCCUGGAGGACGACUUCCCUGACACCCAGAGGAUCCUCGCGGUCAAGUGAUGCGGCUAGGGCCGGACAGAGGCACAGGGAGAGGGAGACCACUUUUAUUGCCCGUCCUGGACCGACACCCAGCGUGGGCGGGGCAGGAGGGGUUAGAACCUGCUCUGGACAAUAAAGGUGCCCUCAGCGGAUGUGGGCCAUGUCGCCAAGAAAGGGCGUCUUCAUGCA